CCACGAUGCGCAGGCCCGAAUUUCAAACUCUGCGCAAACUUGAAUACACAAGCCACAAGCUAGAUACGAUUUUCGUGCCGUAGACCCGGGCUUAACGUCGCCCACGGCCCAAGUUGAUGAAAAAAAAACCCUGUAAUAUCUGCGGAUAAGACCACAUAACCUAUUCAGACGCAAGAAAUCAAUUGAAUAAUGUCGUUCAAAAAGGACCUGUUUUUGUUAAUAAAACCGUAUUACCUAGUCAAUAUAAUCAUCAGUCUUUCUUACAUCGUUGCUAAGCGCUUACCCGUCUUGUGCAAUUACUUAUUUCUACAAUCCGAAUGUGAAUUAAGUGGGCGUGAAACCGAGAUCCUGUUUUUUCUGAUGAUCGUAAUAAUGAUCAGAACCCGCAAGGCAGGCAGUGUUACCAUGAUAAAUUAUCUAUCAGCCAGUUUUAUCUAUACAAAAAUCGCCAAUUUGAUUCUCUGGCUCCACGCCGAUGUGCGAAUGGGAAUAAUCUUUGGAAUAAUAUUCAUUUUGUGCGGACUUGUAUUACCAGAGCCGACUUACCAAGGUCCUGAAAACGUUGUAUAUUUGCGUGCAGCUUCUGGACUCCAAGAUGAACUUCAAAGAGAUAACAGGAUCAUUUGGCUGGUUGCAUUUUACACAGUGUGGAAUCCAGCUUGCGUGAACUUUGCUCCAACAUUUUCACAAUUAUCUGCAGAGUAUGCUUUGGACAAUUUGAAAUUCGGUAAAGUUGACAUUGGCAGAUAUCCAGAUGCAGGAGCAAAAUAUAACAUCAGUGACUCUAGCAUGAGUCGGCAGCUGCCCACUCUAAUACUUUUCAAAGAAGGCAAGGAAGUACAAAGACGCCCUCAUGCUGAUCACAGGGGGAAACUGCAAAAGUUUCUUUUUUCUGCUGACAACAUCAAAGCAGCGUUUGAUCUGAACAACAUUUACAAAGAAUGUAAAAAUAAUCCAUUGAAAAAAAGAGACAAGAAACUGCUGAAAGAAGAAUAAUCUAUUAUUUUCAAUCAACUCAGACAGCUAUCUAUAACAGCUUAUUAUCUGUUGAUUAAUUUCUUGAUAUGUACAAGCUGCAUUAUGCAAGAUGACUUCGUGUGUGCACUUCGUAGGAUUUUCUUUUUUAUGCAAUGCAAUACUGUACUUGUUACUGUAUAACUAUGUGAGAUGAUA